UACUCUCGAGGAUAUGGGCACCUUGUCUGUGUGAAGAAUGCUUGGCUAACAAAGGGUUUCUGGCUCUCGAGCCUGCGUUGCGACAUCGGUCCACCGGGCUACGGAGACUGGGAUCAUGGAAUGGCUCGGCGCCUUCGCCGAUCCUAUCUAUUGCAACACCGACCGAUUGCAAUUCUUUCCUCACAUUUCCACAAUGCAUUCCCUCUUCCUCGAGCACCGUUCACAACUCCUCGUGGGGACCUAAUUGGCGUGCGCUCGCGACUGUCAUGAGCCAAGAUGGCGUCCUCGACGGAGACGCGCGUAUACCGCCCUGACGCUCACGAUGAGAAGCCAAAGAAGCCCCUGCCCCGUAAGAUCUUGGACAUUAUCGCCGGACAAUGGAUCAUCAUCGGCUUCGGACUGGCAGCCCUGCUGGCGCACUUAUUUCCCUCCGUGGCAGCGCAUGGCGGCUACAUUCGCUCAGAGUACUCCAUCGUCUACGGCGCGGUGGCCUUCAUCUUCCUCGUCAGCGGCCUGUCCCUGCCCCCACGAAAGCUCAGGACGAACCUGACCAACUGGCGCCUCCACAUCCUCGUGCAGGGCACCAGCUUCAUCAUCAUCCCCGGUAUCAUGAUCGCCAUCCUGCACAUUGCUCUCGCCGCGGGCGCGCUGGACUCGGGCACGCCGAGUAUCCCUGUCAUCAUCGGCAUGCUGGUCACCGGAUGCAUCCCUACGACGAUCGCCUCCAAUGUGGUCAUGACGCGGUCGUCGGGCGGUGAUGAGGCGGCGGCCAUUGUCAGCGUCGUGAUAGGCAACCUGACCGGUGCUUUUCUUAGUCCUCUGCUCAUCUUUGGGUUCAUGCCCCGGAGCAGGGCGUUUGAUGACUGGCGACCAGCCAGUCCAGCCACGUUGGGCAGCAUGUACGCGGGUGUCGCCAUGCAACUGGGUCUCAGUGUCGUGCUGCCCCUGGUCGUUGGACAGGUUGUACGUGGGAUCUGGGAGAAGAGGACGGCAUGGGUGCUGCAGAAGCUGUACCUCAACAAGGUUGCCGGAUCGUUCAUGAUCCUCUUGGUUUGGGCUACGUUUUCCGGUGCCUUCAAGACCGGCGCCAUCUACGAGAUAUCCACGCCCAGCAUCGUCUUCAACGUCUUUAUGAAUCUGGCGCUGUACAUUGUCUUCACGGGCAUAUGUUUCUUCCUCGCUCGUCCCCCUGUCCGCCUGGCUGUCACUGUCAAUCCCUAUCUCGACGCGCCCCGUCUUCCAGCCUGUCUCCGCCGCGCGUUGGCCGUCCAGAGGAUGUCUCGCGUGCAGACAAUUGCUGUCUGCUUCUGUGGCGCGGCCAAGACCACGAGUCUCGGCAUUCCCCUGGUGACCGCCAUGUGGAAGGAUGCCGAUGACCUGACGCGGGCUUAUAUCCAGAUCCCCGUGCUGCUUUAUACCGUGGAGCAAGUCUUUCUCGCACAAGCAAUGGUGUACUUUUUCAAGUGGUGGCUAGCCAAGUAUGGGAAAGAGGAUGAGGAGAGUCCAGAUGAUGAAAGCGACGUUGUUGACGAGGGGCGCCACGAUUUGAGAGGUGAGGCGAAUGAGGACGUCGAAAUCGCGGAGACGAGAACUGUAGAUGGGGAGAUGGAGAAGAGGUCUUGAUUCAAAUUCUGCACGGGCAAGAUG